AACCUUGUGCUACAUAUGAAAUGAUUGAAAAAGUUUAGUAAUAAGUAAAAACGAUAAUAUUUAGCCUCUUUUAGCUAUUAUUUAUAAUUUAAAAAUAGAAAUAACAAUUUAUUUAUUUAAAUAAAUAAGUAUAAGAAGCAAAUUUUUAGUCAACUAGAAACUCAACGACUGGAGUUUUUGACACUAGAAAUUCAAAAUGGCGGCGCACGUGUGUUGAAAAAAACACUUGUUCUCCUUUCUUAUUGUUAAUUAACAAACCAAAAACUUAUUUUUAGAAAUUUUUAAUAAAUUAUCAAUGGCAGUAUCAUUUCUCUCAUAUAAUAAGUACGUGAAAUUAUUUGGAUGCUUAAGAAAUAGUCGAAUAUUGUCUGUUACUUCGAAAAGAUCUAUUAUGUCAACUAGACCGAGAUUAGAAAAAGUAUUGGAGAAUUUGCAAAAAAAUCCUUAUUAUGAAAAAUAUUCACAGAAAAUUGCUAAACUACAACAAACAAGUCCUGAAGAAUUUUUAGGACGUGUCAGUGAGAAUGAGAGAAAAAUACAAGAGGAAAAAGUAGAAAUUCCUGCUUCGUUGCAAUCAGUUAAUUUGUCACGAACCUUCUUUUCCGCUUUGUGUCAUCAAAAUCGUUUUCAAAGAGAAAUUUCCAGAAAUUAUUCAUCCUCAGCAAGCGAUUACAAAUAUAUUACAACUCCAAUUUUUUACGUCAAUGAUGUUCCUCACAUUGGGCAUUUAUAUUCAGCGGCUGUGGCGGAUACGUUUGCAAGAUUUAAUUCGAUGUUAGGAUAUAAGACAAUUUUGAGUACCGGAACUGAUGAGCAUGGAACGAAAAUCGAGCGUGCUGCAGAGAAAAAUAAACUUCCAAAUGGAAAAUAUUGUGAUAAAAUUUCUCUCACUUUUAAAAAUAUGUGCGAUACAUUUAAUAUCGGAUAUUAUGAUUUUAUCCGAACGACUGAAAAUCGCCAUCGUGUGGCUGUACAUAAUUUUUGGAACAAAUUAUCUGAGCGAGGACACAUUUAUUCAGGAAAGUACAGUGGUUGGUACUGUGUAUCAGACGAGGCUUUCCUUUCAAAUGACGAAAUAACUGAAAAGAAAAAUAAUAAAGGUGAACUUGUAAAAAUAUCCUUGGAGUCCGGCCAUCCUGUCGAGUGGUACGAAGAGGAAAAUUUUAAAUUUCGUCUCAGCGCGUUUCAAGACGACGUGAGACACUGGCUGAAAAAUGAGAAUGCAGUGAGACCAGAGAAAUUUUAUAAAAUUUUAUUGCACUGGGCGAACGAUGAAAGAGUUUUUCAAGAUCUAAGUAUCUCGAGACCCACAAAUCGUGUCCCUUGGGGAAUUCAAACGCCUAAUGAUGAUACCCAAAGUAUUUAUGUCUGGUUCGAUGCUCUAAUUAAUUACUUGACAAUAUUAGGAUAUCCAGAUGAAAAAUGCAAACAAUUUUGGCCUCCAUCUAUUCAGGUUAUUGGAAAAGACAUUUUGAAAUUUCACGGUAUUUUCUGGCCAGCUUUUCUCAUAGCAGCAGGCUAUGAACCGCCGGAAACUUUAUUGUGUCACUCCCACUGGACCGUUGAGGGUCAAAAAAUGUCAAAAUCAAAUAUGAACGUUGUUUCGCCAUUUGAUGCAGCCUCUCACUAUACGCCGGAGGGAAUUCGAUAUUUUCUACUGAGAAAUUCUGUUACCUACAAAGACUCAAACUUUAGCGCGAACACAGUGAGCGAGACUUUAAACGCUGAUUUGGCGGAUAAUCUUGGAAAUUUGGUGCGUCGUUGCACUGGCGAUCUUAUUAAUCCACAAAAAGAAAUUCCAAAUCCAAAAUUAUUUGCCGACGUUUUAAAAUCCGAGCAGGCAUUGGAAUUGAAGAAAAAUUUAGAAUCAUUAAAAUCGACAGCGGAAAGGAAUUACGAAUCUUUGGAUAUUCAUCAUGCAGUUGAUGCUGUUAUGACGACAUUACACAGUGCAAAUCAAAUGUUUGACUAUCAUAGACCAUGGAAAUUGAGAAAAAAUACAUCCGAUCCUGCCGUUGCCAAUGAAUUGAAAGCCGUGAUUUCAUUAACUUUGGAGUGCGCACGUAUCUCAGCUCUUGUUCUUCAUCCAGUUAUACCAAAAAUGACGAGUGAUCUUCUCGACUUUCUUCAAGUUCCCCAUGAAAAUCGUACCUGGCAAGAUACAAUUCCAAUUUACAUGGAAGAAUUAUCAUUAAAUGAACGUCAUUAUAUUAAGGAUUGUAAAUUUUUUGAGAAAAUAAGAAUAGCAAAGAAGUAACGGAA